GAGAGAAACCAAGAUCAAGAGGCAGGACGUUUAAAAUAGUGUUUUUUUUUUUAUUUAAAAACAAAAACGAAAACAAAACCCUAACAACUAAACAAACCCACCCACGGGGGGAGACGCACGCGCCAGAAGACCGAAGCCUAGUUUAUUUCAAACAAGAUGCUAAACCUGAGGAUUGCAGUUUGCAGCCCCCGCGAAUAUCCAUUCGGUGGGAGACCAAGGAGCAAACUCAGCGGCAUGAUGCAAUGCAUCCCUGCAAAAAGAGAGAGAGAGAAGAGGGAGGGAGCAGCUUAGUGAGCUUACAGCUUGCAGUUUAACAACGGGGAGGCUAGCGGAAACGUCAUUAGGCUGCGACUAGCGGGAAGAAGGGGGAGGAAGGAAGAAGCAGCAAAGCCACGUGCUUGAAUUCGCAGGGCAGUUUGAGUCUCUCUGCGCCUUUCUUCAUCCCUUGCAGUCACGUGUGAACCCAGGAAGCUGUAGCUAAUCCACCCACUACAAGAGUGUCACAAUGAGUUUUGUUGAAUAUGGAAACAACAUAAAAGAAGGGGAUACAGCUAUUGUCUACUUGGGCCAUGAGUCGAUGUUUCCAGUGAAAGUACAACAUGGUGGGAAAACUCAGACGAAAUAUGGUGUUAUUAGGCACUCCACCGACCUCAUAGGCAAACAGUAUGGUUCCAAGGUGACCUGCAGCAAAGGAGGCUGGGUGUAUGUCCUUCACCCAACCCCAGAACUGUGGACUGUGAAUCUCCCCCACCGGACUCAAAUUCUGUAUUCAACUGACAUUUCUUUAAUCACCAUGAUGCUUGAGCUGAAGCCAGGAUGCGUUGUGUGUGAAUCAGGCACCGGAAGUGGGUCCCUCUCCCAUGCCAUAAUCCGGACAAUUGCUCCAACAGGACAUCUGUAUACAGUGGAGUUUCACCAGCAGAGAGCCGAGAAAGCCAUGGAAGAAUUUCAAGAACACAAGGUGGACCACUUGGUGACUGUGAAGACCCAGGAUGUGUGUAAAAAUGGUUUUGGAGUCACUAAUGUUGCAGAUGCGAUAUUCUUGGAUAUUCCGUCGCCCUGGGAAGCCAUAGGUCAUGCAAAGUCAGCACUCAAGCUUGAAGGUGGACGCAUCUGUUCCUUUUCCCCUUGCAUUGAACAAGUUCAAAGGACCUGCCUGGCUUUGGAGGAACAGGGCUUUACUGAAAUUAAUACUUUGGAGAUCCUGCUCAGAGUACACAAUGUUAGGACAAUUAGCUUGCAAAUCCCUGACCUUGGAAAAGCAGCCGAGGAUAAUUCAAGUGCAGAGUUUGACAGGGGCCACCAAUCAAAUCAAGAUGCCUCGUGCGCUGAUGUUCAGCAGGGAACUGUGCAAUUUAAAAGUAGUUUACCGCUCAGAGAAAUGGUGGGUCACACUGGAUAUUUGACCUUUGCUACCAAAAGCCUAUUUUAGUUACACACGCAGAGAGGCCUCCCUCCUUCCCGACCAAGCAUCCGAGCUUUUUGCUUGUCGGGCAAUUCCAUAUAUAGUCUGAUUGAGCAAGAUUAUGCUUUGUUUUAAAUAGCACGCAGGAGCACUAACCAGAUCAACCUCGGCAGUACACGGCCGUUCUGCCAGCCAAGCACUGUUCGCUUGGCUGGCUGUGAGGAGGGAAGAUGGAUGCGCAGUUAAUAGCAGUCGGUUGGAAUUUACAAAGUAAAAGCCACUUGCUGAGGUGAUGUCUGCCCCCUUCCCCCUUUAAAUAAACAUGCCAAGGGGCUUCCUUUUGCUUUCUGGAACCCUGUGUUCUUCCCCUCUAAGAGGGUGUGUCAUGGGAGAGUUGUGUGUUUUGGGUUUUUAUAUAUUUUUGUAAUACUACUUUUAGGAAAUCACUGGGGUGUUUUGUGUUUUUCCAGAGUUUUGAAGAAGCUCUGUCACUUUUAAAGGCUAAACACAAGCCUCUUUCACUGAGGCAGCACUUAGACAUCGAGGCUAUUCACACGAUGGGGCAAAAUUGGGCUAGCAGAGGCUAGCCCGAUUUUGACCCAUCGUGUGAACAACCGGGGUUGGCUGCGAGCCCGGUGGUUCCUAGGCGGGUAACCUGCCUAAGUACCCCUGCCCUAAGCCAGGUUUGCGGAGCGAGCGCUCCACAAACCUGGUUUUAAUAUUCAUGAGUAGCCGUAGCAUGGCUUUGCACCGUGGUUAUUCACGAGGAGAUCCCUGGAGGGGAGGCGAAACGCCGCCUCCCGCCUCAGGGGGUCUCACUAGCAUGCCCUGCGCGCUUGCACAGGGCAUGCUGGAGCCGGCAAUCGUGUGGGCGGCCGAUCCGGCUGCCCAGGGCUCCCGCCGCAAUAGUCUGGUUAGCCCACUCUCCCCGCAAUAGUGGCAAAAGCAGGUCUCACUGAUCGUGAGACCCGCUUCAUCAUGUUCUCCAAUCUUCCAAACCAUGGUUUAGACUAGCAGAAGCAAGCUGUGUAUACUAGUGUGAUUUGCAAUGCUAGUUUUGAAGGCUUGCUCAAACCACACUUUGCCACAACAGGCAUCCUAAAUAGAUUCUUCUGUGGACAUUUUGCUUCCUUUCAGUCUGGACACAGGGAGAGGAGGGUGCUGCUAACCAGUCUGCCCACACUUACAUGCUUCAUGGUCAUACCCCCUGGCUCUCUGCUCUCUGGCUUUCUAGGAACAGGAGCAGAAAGUAUCCCCACAUUCAGCACUUGCCUCUGCAGACAAAUACUGAAUGCAGGGAGACCCAGAGGCAUAGCUGGCAUAGCGGGCGUGUCGACACAGAGGGUGUGGCUAACCAGUGCACUCUUGUGUCCUCACGCCCCCUAGAUGUUCAGAUUUGAAUGCCUGAAGAGCGCUGAAAUCUGUGGAUCUGACUGUGCAAGUUUCGGAGUGGGAGGGGAGAGAAUACAUGUGCACACAACUAGUUUCCAAUCCAAUUCGGAGGAUCGGAGAACAUCACAUCUGAAUGCAGCCAGAGAAAUUGCUCUGCUUCCAAGGAUUGGUGCUGGGCAGUGGCUCACCAGGAAGAGCUCUUACAAACUCAGACUGGUCUUUUAAAAAAAUUCAACUGGGUUAUGCCAAACUUGCACACUGGGUUUGGUUUUUAAUUGCAUUCUCAUAUUCUGUGGCAGGCCAAGAUGGUCUUUGUUCAUUCCAUAAAUCAGCAGCUUCUACUACUAAUUUGAACCAAAAGUGGCUCUUAAUAAAAUAUUCAUAAGAAAUGUG